AUGGCCGACACAGAGGAUGUUGGCGCAUCGUCCGUCUCCGAACCCUUGGACCUGGUACGCCUAUCGUUGGAUGAAAUUGUCUUUGUGAAGCUCCGUGGUGAUCGGGAGCUUAAGGGUCGCCUUCAUGCAUACGACAGUCACUGCAACGUUGUCCUGGGAGACGUCGAGGAGACAAUAUAUGUUGUCGAGGAGAAUGAAAAUGAGGAAGAGACCGUCAGAACAAUCAAGAAGCAAGAGGAGAUGCUUUUCGUACGAGGUGAUUCGGUAGUUCUGAUCUCUCCCCAAGCAUGA